CUUACUUCCUGGUUAUCAAACAUUACGUUGAAAGAAUGUCGACAAAUCAAAAGGCAUGUAACAUAUGUGACUAUCAACACAUAACAAAGCCAGCAACAGAUUGGUGUUCCGAAUGUGAACAGGCGUUUUGUAGUGAAUGUAAGGUAUUUCAUGGGUUUUCAAGGUUGUCCCAAAACCAUGCAACAAUACCGAUAUUGGAUUAUUUAUCAUUAGAGGCAUCAUUCGCGACUACUACAAUUAUAUGCACUGAACAUGAUGAGAUCUGUCAAAUGAUUUGCCAAACACAUGACAAGCUUCUAUGUCUCAAUUGUAUUGACAAACAUAAUGAUUGUAAGAACAUAGUUCCAAUGAAUGAAGUAACAAAAAAUGUUAAAACAUCAACGAAUUUCCAAGAAACACGACAAAGCUUAACAGACAUAACUAAAAGCAUAACUCAAAUUCAGGAUGAGCUAAAACUGCAUUUACAAGCAAUAAAUGACGACGAGAAAAAAAUAUCAGCAGAGAUAGAUACGAUGAGGAAGAAAUUAGAUGAUCAUUUGGACAAACUCGAACACGACUUAAGAAAAAAACUGUCAGAGGAAGCAACCAAAUCAUGCAAUUCCAUCGAGGGAACGCUAAAGAAACUUGAAGAUAGAAAAUUACAGAUAACAAAAACCCAAAAGCAGAUGAAAGAUUUAGAGGCAUAUGCAUCCGAUUAUCAAACUUACCUCAGCCUCAGGCAAAUAUCAUCAUCAGUGGAUUCGGUGGAAUCAUUUUUGCAGUUAGUGGUUAAAGAUGGGAAUAUAGACAUAGACACAUUGAUCUUGAAUUUUGAUGAAAAGAUAAAUGCCAUUGUUGAUAACAUCAAGCAUUUCGGUUUGGUACAUGUACAGAAAAAGACGUGUAACGUGCCCCUCAUCCGGCAAAAGGACAAGCAAGCACAACUAGUCGGAUUAGGACGACCCCCUAUAAAGUCGAUCAAUGAUAUUAAACUGAAAUUAGCUUGUACAAUUGACACAACAUGUAAUUUCAUUAGAGGAUGUGAAAUUCUGACUGAUGGGAAAAUAGUUUUUAGUAAUUCUGGCACGAAUAUUUGUGCAUGUGUUGUUAUUUUUGAUUCAUAUGGAAAACAUUUGAGCAAUAUACCAGUUAAGUCUGGCAUAAUGUGUAGAGAUGUAACAUGUAUCGAUAACAAUACUACUCUAGCUUUCAGUUGUAGAUUUGAUAGUGACAUACACUUUAUCGAUAUAAAUAAACAAGAAGUAUUACACAAGGUUAUAAGUACUAAAAACCUCUGCUAUGGAGUGGCAUACAGUGAUGACUCAUUAGUAUGCAGCAUGUCCGGUGAGGGCAUACAGAAGAUACGUCUAGACAACAAUAAAUUGUCAACUAUUGUCAAGUGUGAUUUAGAAAUUGGAUAUGUUGCUGUAUACAAUAAUAUGCUGUAUUACACCAACUUCAAGAAUAAUGUUGUCACAUGCUGUUAUAUGGAAGGUCAGUCAUUAUGGACAUUCAGAGAUGAGACAGUUCUGAAGAAACCAAGUGGCAUAUCGGUUGAUACCCGAGGAUUUGUAUACGUCGUAAGUCCUGAAAUGAACAAUAUUGUAGUAUUAUCUCCAGAUGGACAAGAAAAACGAGUGCUUCUUACAAAUGUUGAUGGAUUAAAAGAUCCUUGGGUUUUACACUUUGAGAAACUUACAAAUCGCCUUCUGGUCGCAAACAGUGAAAGAACUGCGUAUUUGUUUGACGUUUUAACUUAACAAUAAAACAGUUUGGUUUUUUUUUCAAAGAGAAACAACACUACAUAGAAAGUCCGAAAGUACAGAGGAAAGUGUUUUCCAGAAACAAAUUUGCCUUAUCAAAAUAACCUUUACCAUGU